AUGACGUUCCGUGCACGACCCCGUGUCUCCGUCACUGGCUACCGCCGUCACCAUCACUACCGGCAACGACGCCACUGGCCUUGCGUCGGACUCGUGGUCGUCGUUGGCGUGCUCGUCACCGCACUCUGGGACCAGAGCGACGGUACGGUACAGGCCUUUGUCGCGCUCCGACCAACGACACCGAGUCCGAAACGGUGCGGAGUUUCCAGUAGUUCCAGUUUCGAUCGGAGUGCCGACGAACACGAUCCACCCGCUGACGGUUUGUUGCAAAAGGCCGUGUCCAACGUGACCCGCUCCGUAUCCACGCGCUUGUCCCGUGAUGCGGCCGACGAAGCCAGUUUGGAACGGGAAUUGGACCGCAAGAAACAAACACUGGCCUCGCGCCGAUUACGACAACAACAGAGCUCGAUCGUGGCGACGGGCUGGACCGCCGAACCCUACACGAUUCGCUUGCCUCUCCCGAAAGACUCGUACAACAACAACAACAGUACACGUCUCGGUUUGUCACUCGCACAAGUCAUCGACUUCGAAACGUUGUCCCCCGUCACACUCAAUGUGGAUCGAUUGGUGUUGGAGCGCAGCAACGAAAAAAACAACCACGCCAUUGGACACAGCGCCAAAUUUGCUGAUUCCUGGUCGCGUUUGGAUUCUACUUUUCGGGGUAUCGUCGUGUCCCGCGUCCAACCCGGCAGUCUCGCUGCACAGCAGGGUGUCCAAAUUGGAGAUAUCGUCCACGCCGUGUCGGCCACCUGGGGCGAUGCCGUUUGGCCGCAAUCCACGUUGGAAGGCAUUGCGUCGGCCUUGACCUCCCGACAAACAUUGGCACGAACCACGCAACCCCGGAACAACGCCGCCAAUACGGUACGGAUGGAUCUCCAACGACCCGUGCUACCGGCGGCAUCCUCCACGGAUCGGACCACCGCUACCGUCACGGCAGGAGUCCGCAACCAAUUCGAAUUGACCCUCCCGCGUCCGCUCGGUAUUGAUAUCGACGAACGCGACGGUUACGUUGUGGUGACGGGUUUCGAACCAAUGGCGUCGACUCUCGUGCGCAUGGCAGUGCAGGUGGGGGAUCGGGUGGUGGCCGUGGACAGCAGUUUGGGUGGAACCAUGUGGCCCGUUUCCACCGUACAGGGCGUUCAAUCCGCCUGUACCGGACGAUUGCCCGGGAAACCCGUGACUUUGCGCUUUGAACGUCCCGUUGCCCAAUUGCAAACGACGUUGACGUACGAUGACGCGACGGGUGCCGUCCAACCCACCGUCUCUCAACCACCAAUCCCGCGAACGUCGGAGCCAGCCAGUACGAAUGUAGCAAAGAGCCAGCCGGUGCCGGAUCCGCAAACGUUGUUGGCGCGGUGCCGGGAUGUCCUGGAACGGUACGCUGUCGAACACAAGCACAACCAAAGGAUCAGUAAAAGCACGGCCAAGGAAAGUACGGCCGCCCGCUUCAAGGACAAAUAUGGUGUUCCGGCUAUUGUGGCUGACAAGGUGGUGGAUGCCGUCGCGGCGGCACAAAUUCCGUUCGAUGCCGUCACACUUUCCAUGGUUCUGCGCGCCUACCUUUCCGUCUCUCAGGUGGAUCGGGCUUUGCAAGUGUUUGAAGCAGCCACGCUCGUGGCCGCGGACGGUUCCACCCGACCGGUGCCUUUGGGGCAGUCCGAUACCACGUUGUACGUGCCCGACCGUGGCAUGCCCAACGGUGGCGUCGAGGUCUCCGCCCCGGCACUCAACUUGUACACGGCCACGGCGGCACUGCAGGCGCAAGCACGCGCGGGCGAUUGGAACGCCGUACGGCGACUAUGGUCGGCGCUUCAACCCGGUCUCACAGCAAACAGAGAGUCGUACGGUGGCCUGGAGACGGCUCGUUGGGCCCCGGUGGCGUCGGUCGACACGACGUGUUACAACAUUUUGCUGAGUGCGGCCGAACGUCGCCGACGUGAUCCGGAAGCGUUUGCGCAAGCCGAACAGUGGUGGGAGCAAAUGCAGGAUCCGCCGGUCAGCCAAUUCUCGACGACGGCCGACACACGUGUGACGGGAUUUUAUAUGCGUCAAUAUUAA